AUGUGGACUCAGAAUGAGACUGCAGUGAAUGGAUUCAUUCUUCUAGGCUUUACUAGUUAUCCCAUAUUGCGACCAUUCCUUUUAGUGAUAUUUUUCACUAUGUCUCUUAUUACUGUUCUUGGAAACAGCCUGAUCAUCUUCUUGGUCUGGAUUAACUCCCGUCUCCACACAGCAAUGUAUUUUUUCAUUGGUAACUUAUCUUUGUUGGAUAUAUUCUUUACACUCAUCACUACCCCUCAAAUGCUAGUCCACAUGGCUUCUGAAACUAAGAUGAUCUCUUACAACAGAUGCAUGGCCCAAAUGAACUUAACCCUCUCCUGUGGGAUAACAGAAUGUUUCAUCUUAGCUCUUAUGGCAUAUGACCGUUAUGUAGCCAUAUGCUGGCCACUGCGAUAUCCCAUCAUCAUGAGAAUGCCAAUGUGCAUACAAAUGGCUGGGAUAUGCUGGUUUGGAGGUUUCUUCAAUGCUGCAGCACUAACAGUGUGCACAAUAAAUUUUCCCUUCUGUGGACCUUAUGAAAUCAACCAUUUCUUUUGUGAAGCACCAGCUGUGCUUCAACUAGCUUGCAUGGACACCUAUUUAAUGAAGGUGUUCAUCUUUGCUCUGAGUGUAAUUGUCCUCAUGCUGCCCCUUGGCUUUAUAGUGCUCUCCUACCUCCACAUUGCCAGGGUGAUCUUCAAUAUGCAUUCACCUGAGGGGCAACAACGGGCUUUCUCUACUUGUGCCACACAUCUCAUCAUUGUUGUGCUGUUCUACAGCACUAUCAGCUUCACGUACUUGCAACCCCAUUCUGACCUUUCUGCAGAUCAAGAGAAGAAAGCUGCAGUCUUCUAUUCUUUGGUAUCUCCUAUGUUGAACCCUGUCAUCUACAGCCUGAGGAACAAAGAUGUUAAAGAGGCCUUGGCUAAAGUAAUGGGAAAGGUGAAUUAA